CGAGUUCAAGUUCGGAUAUUAUUAAAUGAAUAGGUACCCAGCUUGUUGCCAUCCCUAGGUUUCUCUACAGUCUACAUCAACUAAAACCCUAAUUUUAUUCUAUUAUUUCCCUGGUUGGUUUUCGUGUUAUACUGUGGAUAACUGGUUUCUGCACAAAUCGCCAUUGGCAAUUGAUAUAUUUCUUAAUUGUCUAAGUAGAGUGUAUUUGUGUUCCUCGUAAUCAAUUGAGUGGGCAUAAAGUAUUUUAGGCCUGCGAAAAAUGGAAAAGAAGAAGAGAAGUAGGCACCAAAAUCCCCAGCCUUUCAUGCGAGAGGUCGAUGAUUCCUCUGGCUCCAACUCAAAGAAACGAUCCAAAGCACCCAAACAGCACCAGAAGCAAGAAAAGAUGAUAUCUUCUGGAAUGAGCUCCAAAAUCCUGAAAGAGGCUAUGAUUCAGCAAAAGGAGAUUCAAGAGGAGGAGGAGACAAAUCCUAUUAAUGAUGCUUUUGUUGCAGCUGAGGAAGAAGCUGCUAGGCAUCAACGAGAAGAGGUGGAGGAGGAGGACGUUGAUGAUUUUGGUGGAUUCGAUGAGACUCAAACCCAAUUUGGUGAUUAUGAUGAGGAGAUUAACGAGGAUGAAGAGAAAUUACUAGAGGCCUUCUUAUCAAAGGAUGCUGGUCAACAACAAACACUUGCAGACCUCAUCAUUGAAAAAAUAAAAAAGCAGGAUGCAAAUGUUUCUUCUGAAACACAUCCUUUGCCUAAGUUGGAUGAGUCUCUCAUAGAUUUAUAUAGAGGGCUUGGAGAGUUUCUGAGUAAGUACACAGCUGGAAAAAUGCCCAAGGCAUUUAAACAUAUUCCUGCCAUGCAACUUUGGGAGGAUGUCUUGUACUUGACCAAACCUGAGAAUUGGUCACCAAAUGCAAUGUAUCAAGCAACAAGAAUCUUUGCUUCUAAUUUUGGGGCAAAGAAGGCUGAGCGUUUCUAUAGGCUUGUUUUGCUUCCUCGAAUCAGAGAUGAUAUUAAGCAGCAUAAGAGGCUGCAUUUUGCUUUAUAUCAGGCUUUGAAAAAGUCUCUUUACAAACCAGCAGCCUUCAACAAGGGCAUAUUGUUUCCAUUGUGUAAGUCAGGAACAUGCAACCUUAGGGAGGCUGUUAUUGUUGGAAGUAUUGUUCAAAAGGUUUCUAUUCCCAUGCUUCAUUCAAGUGUUGCAUUAUUGAAGCUUGCAGAGAUGGAGUACUGUGGCACAACAAGUUAUUUUAUCAAGCUUCUUGUGGAAAAGAAAUAUGCCUUGCCAUAUCGUGUAGUUGAUGCAGUUGUUUCUCAUUAUAUGAAAUUUCUUGAUGAUACAAGAAUAAUGCCUGUAAUAUGGCACCAGUCGCUUCUUGCCUUUGUGCAAAGGUACAAGAAUGAGCUGCAGAAAGAAGAUAAAGAUAAUCUUAGAACACUAGUUGGAAAACAAAAGCAUAAAUUAGUAACGCCUGAAAUUGUACGAGAGCUAGAUAAUAGUCGCAAUCGUGGUGAGAAGGACGACCCUAUGUCAAUAACAUCUCCUGUGUCUGUGAUAAAUAAAGUAAUUGAGGAAGACAGGUUUGACAUUCCAGAUGUACCUAUGGAGGAGGAUUGAAUGCUUAUCCUUGUUUGCAUAGGAGCUUCGGACAUAUGCGGGUUUGCGUGAUUUUUUGGUGGCAAAAUUGUGAGAGCAAGCAAAUUUUAUUUCUGAAUAGGUUUUGGAGUCCGUAUAAUUCAAUUCCGGAUAUGCUAAUAGUAAAUGGGGGUUUUUUAAAGGAAAUUUCCCUGUUGUAUGUUUUUGGGUGGCAAAAUUGUGAGAGCAAGAGAAUGUAAUUUUAUGAAUAGGUUUUGAAGUCAGUAGGAUUCAAUUUUGGAUAUGCUAACAAUAGUUAAUUGGGCUUUCUUUUGAAGGAAUUGUUUCCUAAGUGUUCAUUUUCUCUACAAUCUUAUUAUCUAUUUUUCUUUUCUUUGGGGUCCAUCAAUGUGUAUAUUGACCCGGGUUUGGUGCUGCUAUGAUCAUGGAUUUAAUGCACAUUUUACUGGUUGCAAUAAUCUUAUCAAAUUCCUUUCCUGUUA